AUGUCCAAUUUUGAUGAUUUGAGUGAUAUUGAUCAUGACUCUAAGGAAGUGUAUGAAACUUCAGACGUUGAAGAAUCAUUUGAUAUCCAAGAUGAUUCGAUCAAGAAAAGAGAUUCAAUUAGUGAGCCUAUAUUUGAUCUGGACAAAAGUCGCGCUGUUUUCGAAACAAAGAUGAUUGAUGCUCAUGUGACAGAUUUCAGUGAUCGUAUAGAUCGAGUUGAUCAAACUUAUGAAACUUAUGAUGUUAAAGAAACUAUACCAAACAAGUUGAGUCGGAUAAGGAAAGAGUUGGAAGAGCUAGAAGAUGAGUUGGAUGAAGGUGAAGUAGAUGCUGAUGAAGUCAAGAGAUUACAACAACUUUUUGAGAAAUUGAAUAGUCGAACAAGAGAUAAAAAAGUUGUUGUAUUGAAAGAUUUGAAAAGUGAAAACAAUGAUAUUGUUAUAGAUAAAUUCAUCAACAAAGAAGAUCCAGAACAGGUUGUAGAGCUUGAUAAAAGGAUAAACAAGUUGGAGAGAACAAUUGGUGAUGAGUUAUUUGAUAAUUCAAUUCAAUCCAUGGUUAAUGACCUUUUCAGGAAAUUCAAAUUAUUAUCAAAUGAUCAAGACUCUUUACACAAGAUUAAUUCAAUUAUUGAUGAAGUGAAUUUAAAAUUUGAAAAAUCAAUUACUACUAGAAGAUCACUUGAUAAUAUUCAAAAUGAGAUAAGUGAAGAAACCAAAUUCAAUGAAAUAUAUAUGAAAUUUAACAAGGCACAAGAUUUUGAAAAUGAAUUGCCAUUUAUAAUCAAGAGAUUAGAAUCAUUAAAUGAUGUUCAUCAAAAAUUAUCAAAUAGUGUUAAUUUCACAGAAUCAAUGGAACAAGAUAUUAUAACCAUGUCUAAAGAUAUUGAAAAUUGGGAAGGAUCAUUAACAAAAUUAGAAACAAAAUUGAAUGAUUUAGCUACAAAUUUUGAAACUAUCAAAAAAACAUCAUCAAACUAG